CGGCGCGCGCGUCCCGCAGCCCGCCCAUGGAGGCUUUCCCCUGGGCGCCCCGCUCGCCCCGCCGCGGCCGUGCCCCCCCGCCCAUGGCGCUCGUGCCCAGCGCCCGCUACGUGAGCUCCCAGCGCCCGGUGCACCCGCAGCCCUUCAGCUCGUGGAACGACUACCUGGGGCUCGCCACGCUCAUCACCAAGGCGGUGGACGGCGAGCCGCGCUUCGGCUGCGCCCGCGGCGGGGACGGCGGCGGCGACGGCUCCCCGCCCUCCUCUCCUUCCUCGUCGUGCUGCUCCCCCCACGCUGGGGCUGGGCCCGGGACACUGGGGCCCGCGCUGGGGCCGCCCGACUACGACGACGACGACGACGACAGCGACGAGCUGGGAUCCCGGGGCCGCUACCUGGGGGGCGCGCUGGAGCUGCGCACGCUGGAGCUGUGCGCGGACCCCGCCGAGGCCGGGCUGCUGGAGGAGCGUUUCGCCGAGCUGAGCCCGUUCGCUGGUCGCGCCGCCGCCGUGCUGCUGGGCUGCGCGCCCGCCGCUGCUGCCACCGCCGAAGUGGCGCCGCGCGAGGAGCGGGCCGCGGCGUGGGCGGCUGAGCCCAGGCUGCACGCCGCCUCCGGGGCGGCCGCCGCCCGGCUGCUCAAGCCCGAGCUGCAGGUGUGCGUGUUCUGCCGGAACAACAAGGAGGCGGUGGCGCUCUACACCACCCACAUCCUGAAGGGACCCGACGGGCGAGUGCUGUGCCCCGUGCUGCGCCGCUACACGUGCCCCCUGUGCGGCGCCAGCGGCGACAACGCACACACCAUCAAGUACUGCCCGCUGUCCAAAGUGCCGCCGCCUCCCGCCGCCCGCCCGCCGCCGCGCAGCGCCAGGGACGGCCUGCCCGGCAAGAAGCUGCGUUGAGGACCCGGGCUCCGGUCUGCUGCUGCCACCUGACGCCACCAGGGUCGCCGCCUGCCUACUCUCGUAUUUGGUCUGCGCACUCUCCCUUGUUGUUGGGGAGCAUGGAGCUCAGCAGUUGGCUCAACUUGGGAUGUCGUCUUGUUUUUCUCAAAGGAAGCCGACGGUACUGAGUACUUUCCUGUCGAAGAGCGGUUGAGAGUAGACGCUAAAGUCUUGAUUUAUCUCUAGUUUGUGCACAUCCAGACGGUGAAGGCUGGGUAUUCCGCUAACUGAAAUGUGGCAACUUAGAGGCGCUGUUUAUUUAUACGUCGACCUAUUUUAGAUGCGCAUCAGUAUGAAAUUGUCUCAAUCUAAUCUUGGAUGUUUAAUUUUAUGAAUGGAGGCACUUUACUAGGUCUAGAAUAUUUUUUUAAAAGCCUCUUAACUGAACUUAACUGGCGAUUUUAUGGAAUGUCAGCAAAAUGACUUUUAUUGUUUGAAACAAGUAAUAUUUCUGUUGUCCUUAAUCAAUUAUAAUUCCAGGCGAAGCAACCCCCCUGCCUGGUAGUAUCAUUAAGUGAAGGCUUAGUAAACUUUCCAGUAUUAGUUUGGGUGGGUGUUCCCUCCUUGUGGCUUGUUUCUGUCCUAGCUGGAUGUAGCAGGUAGAAUACAGCUCCUUAUCCUUUUAUGUACCAUAUCUUUUAUUACUGAACGAGCAACUAGCGUUUUCCACCUUUAAAAGUCGUGCCAAGUUAUAAUGUUGUGUAUACACUUGAAAAUGGUGCUGUUUAAAAAAACUUGUGCAUUUAUA